GCCCGGAAGCAGGAAGUGAGCCGGGUGGGCUGGCCGGAUGGCUGCUGGAGGGGGCGUGAGACCGGCAGGCAGUUGCCAGGAGUGCGGGGAAUGGAGGGAGCAGGGGCUGCACGGCUCCUGGGCAGGGGGAGCGGCGAGGAGACCCCGUGCCAAAGCCAUCAUCCAUUCUUGCCCAUAAUAUUUCAAAUUGAAAUCUUCUCCAAUUCAGUCUGGCCUUCCAAUCUGAUGAUAUGAUUUCCACACGACCUCCUUUGUGGUUCUACAAACGUUGGCGUCCCUGAUGCCUGUAAUCCCCAUCCCCCGACGUGUUCGGUCAUUCCAUGGGCCCCAUACUACCUGCUUGCAUUCCGCUUGUGGCCCUGUAAGGACCACACAUUUGGUGCGCACCAAGUACAACAACUUUGACAUCUACCUGAAGUCCCGAUGGAUGUAUGGAUUUAUACGCUUUUUGCUGUACUUCAGCUGCAGUCUUUUCACUUCCAUCCUCUGGGUGGCACUCUCUAUCUUGUUUUGCCUUCAGUAUCUGGGCAUCCGAAUAUUUCUGCGCUUCCAGUACAAACUGUCCAUCAUCCUUCUGCUGCUAGGACGGAGGCGGGUUGACUUUAGCCUCAUGAACGAACUGCUUAUUUAUGGAAUUCAUGUAACGAUGCUCCUGGUUGGUGGGUUGGGGUGGUGCUUCAUGGUCUUUGUAGAUAUGUAAAUUGCUGCAUGCCGAUGGAUAAAACUCUUUGUUGGCAGAUGG